UUAAGCUUUUUUGGUGCCAAAGCUUUUUUGUUGAAAAGUCUCUUUCUUUCUUUGCAAUGGCUGCUUCUGGUGGCUUUAAUCACCGGAAUGGUGGUGCUCAGAGGAGCUCACUCAUGGUCGAUAGGCCUCUCUCUGUUAACUCCAAUUCCAAGUCUUCUUCAUCUGUCAAAUCCAAGCCUUUGUCUUCUUCUGGGGUCCGCCGUAGUAGCACAGGCUCAACGGGUGGCUCCACUGCAGCCGCCAAGGAUGAUGCAGGAGCGGAUGCUGACUUUGCUGAUUGUGUAGAGUUACAAUCAAAGGAAUGGGAGCUAUCAAUGGCAUAACAAAGAAUGAUGUUGGCACCUAUCAGAGUGCCUGUGGUGGUCAUGAAGUUCGUUGCUCUGCUUCUUAUGGUUAGAGUUGGGCAUUUGUACUAUGAGUUAUAUAUGUAAAUUUGCAUAGAUCUGAGUGUAUAUUUGUGUUAUAUAUAUAUAUAUUGAAUAUUGUAAAAUUGUACAGAUUUAAGUUUGAUUUUCAUAGAUCUGAAGAUUGUAAAUUUAUUGAUAUAUAUUGGUGAUGUUAAGUGUAUUUUUUUUGUGACUUUAAUAAUUUUGAUAUUGGUUCUAUUUUA